AUGGCGCUGGACAACACCGAGGCCGUGGCUUCAGACGGCGCGACCUCAAAGGACACCAUCAUGAUCCAGUCCAACGAUGAUGAGUUGCCCGUGUCCCUACAUGACGCCUUUGUCAACUGUCUCAAGUCAUGCACACUUUUGCCCUUCCUCGAGUUCAAGCCGGCGCACAGUCUCACCCCGCCCACUGACUUGCCCGUCACCGACUUCUACUACACCUACGACGACCUCGUUCGUUGGGAGAACGAGCUCAAGGACCAGAAGCAAAGCGUCAAGCAGCAGAACCUUCAACAACUUAAGAGCUCACAGCAGGCUCAGCAGCAGGCACAGCAACAGUCACAGGCCAAGCAGCAGCAGGCACAGCAACAGCAGCAACAACAACAGCAGCAGCAGCAGCUACAGCAGCAGACGACCUUCCAGCAACAGAUUCAGCAGCCGGGAUUCCUCUCGACCCUCUCGCCAACCUUGACCCACCAGCAGCUUCAGCAGCACACUCAGAUCCAGACGUUGUCUCAGCUGCCACUGCUCACACAGGACAUGAUCACAUCGACAUCGAUGUGGAAGGUGGACCCAAUGAAUGGCAUAUUGGUCAACGUGCUCGAGAGUGAUGAUUCGUUCAUCAUCUACGUGGCCAUCCCGCACUCCAAGCCCAACACACUGCGCAUCACCGUCAACCAACACGAGGUGAUCAUCGAGGGUGCCGUGUCGAUACCCGACUCUAUAUUUUUGCCAAAUGGCGCAGAGUUGACCAUUGGCAAUGGCUCCGAGACCUCAUUCCAAACUCAAGAGUUCUUUGUUGGAUCAUUCACCAAGCACAUCGCCCUCAGCUCGCCAGUCAGCUCAUCAGUGGUUGGCAAGCGUGAAGGUAUAGUAGUCAUCAUUGCUCGUAAGGAGACCUUCCAGCCACAGUUCUAA